UUUGAAUUCUUCUCACGAUUCCUAGAUGCUUUUGGAUGAGGAGGCAGAAGAAUACAGUCUGUAUUCGGAAGAUGAAAGAAACGAAUUUGUAUUUCGAAUUUUUCAAAUGCUCGUUCUUGGCGGAACAUUAUGUCAAUUCGAGGACGCAUUACAGCCAUAUCUGGAUGUUACCAAAAGUAUCUAUAAGGACCUCAUAAGAGUGCAGAAGCAAAAUACCUCAAAUGAUUUGUUCGUGAGCACUUUAGUGUUAGAAAUAGUUGCUGAGGAUGGUAAAGGCCAGGAUUACUUUCCGUUUAAUUCUAACAACAGACAAAAUAUUGCAUUCUUAUUGAUAAACGCUAGUUCUCGCGAAAUCACGACUUUUGUACAUCAGUAUGGUGGAUACUGUCCUGCAAAUUGAAUCUCAUCACAUUGUUUAAAGUACGUACUUGGUUUUCUCAUAAGUACCAUUCUAAUUGCUCUCCGCAUCUGUAUUUUCUUAGAUAUCAUCAGAAACAUAUACAUAUAUUCUAAUUUAAAUCUUAUAUAAAAUAAAAUAAUCAAUGGUAAAGUAUCAGUACGA